AUGCCUACGCCCGAGUCCGAGUUGUUUCUGCGCCAGAAACCCAAAGUCCCCCCAACAUUCCAGGGUGUUGAUUUCCAAGACAAUGAAGCAGUCGCCGAUGCAAGAGACGCAAUUGUUCGAGAACAAUGGGUUCAGAGGAUGAUGAGAAGAUUGGUAGGAGAGGAAAUGGGAAAGUGUUACGCACGCGAAGGAGUGAAUCAUCUCGAGAAAUGUGGAAAGUACAGAGGUAAUGAACCCCGAGCCCGUCUGCUUCUACUGGAUUCGGGUUACAUCGUAUCUAACGGUCCACCAUCCAAAUUCACAGAUCGCUACCUCCAGCUCCUCAAGUCGACUCGCGAAGCCGGUUUCCGGGGCCAGCAGCAGAAUUACAUCCCCGGUGUAGAUGGUCCCGCAGGCGGUCCAGAGGUUCAUACAGACUACCCGACUGCACAAGAGGCGAAGGGGUCCAGAGGAACAGAUCACAGACCAGGCAAUACCACGGGAAAGGGCGGAGAUACACUGUACUAA